UAAUGUGGAGUUCGUGACCCAAGUCAAAAUUUUCAUGAAAUUUUUGUUUGCAGCCUGAUUUGGUUGUGAACGAAGGCAUUCAUGAGCUGAGGUACCACUGUAUUCAUAUCACUACCCUUCUAUUUUUCUUACAGUUUUCAGACUUAUAGUACAAAACGGGGAUGGGAGUGUUAGAUGAGAGUUACAAAGAAAAUCAUGAUAGUGGUUUAGAAGUGCCUGUUAAGGCUUACAAUUGCUGGCUUGAUGCUGAUAAAUGAAAUUGGAAUUGGAAUACAUAUACGUGUGUGUGUGCGUUAUCUGUUGUAUACACACUGUGAAAACUAUUUGCUGUAACUAGAAUGCUUUGUGGGUGAAACAGAGCAGCUUAAGUAAUGCACACAGCUAAGUGGUUGUAGCUCUCAGCAUCUGCAAGUAAAUAAAACAUAGGUGCAGUUUUGUUGCAAACUUUUGGAAACAAAAUAUUUGGAAGUAUUUGCAUGAUUUUAGCUUUAGAAAUAGUAAUUUCAGUUUCGGUUACUACUAAGCUUGACAAUGGAAUAAUAACAAUGCAACACAGUAUUUGUAAUGUGCUGUCAAGUUGUCUUGGACUUACGCUGAUGCUACAAAUGAAUGCCCUCCAAAAUGUCCUGACCUGGACAGAUCUGUUUAGUUCAUGUAAAUUGAUGGUUGUGACUUUUAUGGAGUCACAACCAUCAAUCAAUGCAAUAUUAGUGAGGGAGUUGUCUGUUUUGGUAAUAUUGUAUGACCCAAUCUGUAUACUGAUAUAGAGUCAGUGCUGUUAUUUUUAUGGUAAUUCUGUAGCCACUGUCACAUUCUUAUCACAUGGAAAAUUAUUUGAAUCUUUACCUCCAUUUGUUCUUGCUUGAAUUGCCACCAAUUUUUCUGGCCACUGUCUUGUGCAUCUAGAAGCAGCCUGACAGGAAGAAGUUUAGCAGGUUGAUUCUUUCUUGUGAUGUUUUCUUUAUGUCAGGAAAAGUUUCGCUUAAUUUCUGUAAACCGGUCUGCUAUUAAGGCCUAGGGCAGGGGACAAUGGAGUGUGAACUCUAGGAACAGUGUGCAUAGAAGUAAACAUGGGUAAAGGCUGUAAUCUUUAACCAGCUACAGGAGCUUGAGUCACAGAAGUAGACCAAAUAAAAUGUAUUUUGCUAUGAAGAUAAAGUAAUGAGGAAUGCAUCCUUGUUUAAUUUGUGUAUGGACCUGCAUAAGAACAGGGCCACUAGGAAAAGUGGCAACAUGUCUUCAAGAAAAAGCUGUUCACAAGUUCUGUUAAGAGAAUACAUAGAAAGAAAAAAUAGUGGUGAAUACUUCUUGUAUAUAAGCUGCAUUUAGCACACACUUUAAGCAGGAAAGAAAAUUACUGUUUACACUGAGUCAUAGCCAACAGUGCCUGUCUGUAAGCUGGCAGAAUGAAUUUCCCUUCUCUUCCCAGACCCUUUCCUCUACUUCUACUCCAGAGGGUUCAGGGAAUCUCUGGUACCAGAUUGCAGGGUUGCAGAGAGUUGUGGGGGAAGGAAAGUAAGAAGUCAUGUUGUAUGAGUGGGGUUCCCACUCAUGCAUUUUUGGAUGGGACUGAGCAUAAUGAAGGGAAUAAUACUAUAGCCACUGUCUAGACCAGGGUGUCCAACCUUUUGGCUUCUCUGGGCCACAUUGCAAGAUGAAGAAUUGUCUUGGGCCACACAUUAAAUACACAAACACUAACAAAAGGUGAUGAGCAAAAAAAAAGUCUGUGCAUAAUUUUCGUGGUAUCUGCCACCACCAUGCAUACAAAUAGUGAGAGCAUAUGAACACUUAUUUUAUGUGACAUUGCAGCACGAUGUUGUUGUCUAUAAAGUCCAUGCUUGAGAACUGCACAAUCGAGUUACCAAAAAAAUCACAAAAAACAAUGUUUUAAGUAACUUUGCAAUUUUAUGUUGGGCCCCAUUCAUAGCCAUCCUGGACCACGUACAGCCCAUGGGGUGCAGGUUGGACACCCCUGGUCUAGACAACCAUAGAAGAAGUCAGAAACCCAGCUCCAACCUUGAAAACAUGUUCUAAGGGCAGAACAAGGACUCCAACUUUGAAGUACCCUCUCUCCAUCCUUGCAGCUGAUGUGGUUUUUUUCCACACCAGCUGUGACUUCAAAAUUAGAAGACCAACUUUGGGCAUCGGGGGAGGGUAGUGAGGCACCACUAGCCUGCAAGGGCUCCUGAUAGUUCCUCUGGCUCUUCUGUUUGCAGGCCAGCGUAGAAUGUUUUGGUAGGCAAGGGGAGCACAGAGGCAAUACUCACAUUUGUGUUCCUUCCACCCUCCAUUGGAUGUGUAUAAAGCUCCCAGUUUGGCUCAUGCUGAACGUAACUUUUAAUUCAAAUGUGCAUAACAUAUGGCCCUCCAGAUUUUGUGGAACUGCACUCCCAUCUUCUCUAGCCAGAAACAUCUGGAGGGCCAACAAUAUCUGUCCAAUUUGGAGUACCUCAAGUUGCUACUCAUUUUUCAAUUCCAUGUAAUACCAUAGAGUAUAAAUGGUAUUUACAGUGGUGAGUAAAACAUCUAUUAUAUUCUUUGUAAUUACAUCCAAGAUAUAUACUUUGCUCUGUAAUCUAACACAAUUGACAAAGCCUUGUGCAAAUAAAUCGGCUACCUCCAGUGGUGUAGUGGCAAACGUAGAAGUUGGAAGGUAUCUUCAUGGUAGUCAGAGCCACACCUCAAAGCCACACCCCAUCAAAUCUACACACCCCAAGCCACACCUAUUUCCAAGAUUAUGCAAUCCAUGAUUAUAUAAUAAAAAAUAGCUUUGUGACUUUAAUUUCAGUUGAGUAACGAAUGCAAGAUGAGUAUCUCUUUUUGAAUGAAACAGUACAGCUUCUGGAAGUUAUUAAUUAUUUAAUUUAUUAUAAAUGAAUGGUUUCUAAAAAUUACAUUCACACCGUGCUCUCCAGCCAAAAAGCUCUCAGAUUGGCUUAUGUGGAAUUAAUAAGGCAGUUCCUGCCCACAGGCAUACUAUCUAAAUACAUGACAUACAAGGGGAAAGGAACAAGGAGGGAAGAAGGAAAAAGAAAACUCAGGCACUGAUUACCUACACUCAUAGAAAUAUUUGUAGUUAUAUUCUCUCAAGAGCAUCAGUCUGAAUUGUCAGUCACUGGUUUCUUACACUUUUCUGUGGUCCUUGCAACAACUGACUUUGUAUGUAUAUACAUGUGGGAGAUCCUUCAUGAGUUCAGAGUCUGUGGUUUAGGAGUUCCUGUUUCUCAAAAUAUCAAUCUUUCAUUGUGCUUUAAUUAGAUCAUGCUGAAUCUUGCGUAAAUUAGCCUAACUGAGGUAAGAGGAAGCUAAGACUAUCAGAAGUCAUGGCUAAUGUUUCCCACUGAUUCUAUUGAAUAUGCUUCAGUUACAAUAUUUUUAUUCCACUUUGGCCAUUAUUUCUACCAAAUAAUUCUUGGGUUAAGAGUUGCUGGAAAAUACCUAUUUGCCUUACAGAGCUACAAUUCCCAGAAUGGUUUAUCCCAGAAUCCCUCUUCCCCAGGAAUGCUGGAAAAUGGUACUUUUUGUAUGUGGAAUUGGUAUCCACUAAUGACAGUCAGUAUUCCUGACAAUCCCUUGGUAUGGUCACCAAGAUUCUUUGGGGAAGUAAUGAUUACUUAAAGGGGAAUAAAAGUCUUCUAAAUGUGUGAUGUGAAUGUGGGGUUGGGGGUGGGGAGGUAGUUUUUGGAGCAGCAAAAGGAAGCUAACCACAUGUUGUUGAGGAGCAGAGGCUAAGCAUGAGGGAAUGUGUCACAGAAAACAUAUGUGCAUGCCUGGAAGACCUCUCCAGAUAGGUAGUUCCUAGGAAUUGUUGGGAGGUGUUGAAAAAACACUCACGGUUUUAAUCUGCUAAAUAGGGGUGCUCCAGUGACCUGAGGGCCCCUUCCAUUACACCCUUGACUUACUCUUGAUAUCUAGUAUAGAUAGCAUGAUAUACAGGCAAGGGACAAGGAAUUAAUCUGCUAUUUAGACUCACCCCUGCCAUCUACCCAGAGUGAUAGUCUGGGUACCAAUCAACAUACUUGUAAGUAUUCAGGAAAGGAGCAGCCAACUUGCAGAUAUUUUCUGUGAUAGGCAACAUUUGAGUCCCAUAGUCUAGUCUUCUGAUGUUCUCUUAUCAUUUUUCAAGUGAAAAUACCUGGAAUCCAGAAUUCAUGGUGAAUCAAACAGUAACACCUGCACAAUGGAAGAGAUGGAUACAGUUUUCAUUUCCAGUCUUCCAAGAGUCUACCAGAAAUGUCACAGUAUAGGUAUGAAAGAUGAACAGUGAAGAAAGUGACAAGAAGAACACUGGGGCAUUUGAAACAUGGUGCUGGAGGAGAGCUUUGUUGAAUACCCUGGACCAACAGAAAGAUAAACAAGUGGAUCCUAGAUCAAAUCAGAUCAAAAUGGAGGCUGUUAUACUUGGACACAUCAGGAGAAGACAUCUAAAAAAUGCUAACUGACAUACCUUGCCUCACUGAAAUGGUAGACUCAGAAAGCCAGCUUUGCCCCCUUAUUCCCUUAAAGGAUGAAGAUCUUGAUAGUCCUUUAUCUGAAGAAUUUUUACAAGAUAUGGAGAACAUAAAUGAGCUCUCACAAUCUCUAAGCAGGGAUAGUUCAGGAGCAUUAAGUGUAACAGAGUUCCAUUCGCUGGGAAAUGGACCUGGCUCUGAUGGAUCAAUCAUUACAGACUCUCUUUCACCAGCAUCAAGUCCAUCAUCGGUGAAUCUUGCUACCAUUCCUAGUAGCAAUGAUGAACUACCCAGUGCAACAUUAAACAUUGAGUGUAGAAUAUGCGGAGAUAAAGCAUCAGGCUACCAUUAUGGAGUUCAUGCUUGUGAAGGUUGUAAGGGCUUUUUUAGACGAACAAUCAGACUAAAACUUACCUAUGACAGAUGUGAUCGCAACUGCAAGAUUCAGAAAAAGAAUCGUAAUAAGUGCCAAUACUGUCGUUUUCAAAAGUGCCUUUCAGUUGGAAUGUCUCAUAAUGCAAUUCGAUUUGGACGGAUGCCAAGAUCAGAGAAGGCAAAGUUGAAGGCUGAAAUUCUAACAGGUGAACAUUGUGUUGAAAAUUCUGAAAUCGCAGAUCUUAAAUCACUUGCCAAGAAAAUUUACGAAGCAUAUUUGAAAAACUUUAAUAUGAACAAAGUCAAGGCCAGACUCAUACUUGCGGGGAAAACCAGUAACAAUCCACCAUUUGUUAUACAUGAUAUGGAUACAUUGUGUAUGGCAGAGAAGACACUGGUGGCGAAACUGGUAGCCAAUGGAAUACAGAACAAGGAGGCCGAAGUUCGAAUCUUUCACUGCUGCCAGUGUACCUCAGUUGAGGCUGUAACAGAACUUACAGAAUUUGCCAAAUCUAUCCCUGGCUUUUCUAACCUAGAUUUGAAUGACCAGGUGACCCUAUUAAAAUAUGGGGUUUAUGAAGCCAUUUUUGCCAUGUUGGCCUCUGUGAUGAACAAAGAUGGGAUGCUGGUAGCCUAUGGAAACGGUUUUAUAACUCGAGAAUUCCUCAAAAGUUUAAGGAAGCCAUUUUGUGAUAUCAUGGAGCCGAAGUUUGAUUUUGCAAUGAAAUUCAAUUCAUUGGAGUUGGAUGAUAGUGACAUAUCUCUUUUUGUGGCUGCUAUAAUUUGUUGUGGAGAUCGCCCUGGCCUUGUGAACAUAGGACAUAUUGAAAAGAUGCAAGAAAGCAUUGUGCAUGUGCUAAAACUUCACUUGCAAAACAACCAUCCUGAUGACAACUUCCUUUUCCCAAAACUUCUACAGAAAAUGGCAGACCUUCGGCAGCUUGUCACAGAACAUGCUCAGCUUGUUCAGAUAAUCAAAAAGACUGAGUCUGAUGCACACUUACAUCCUUUGCUACAAGAAAUCUACAAGGAUAUGUAUUAAGGUUGUUUUAGUUUUGUAUGAUAUGUAAAGACAACAGCAAUAUUAAUAGAUGGGAGCAAACUACUUUGCACAAUUAUCUCUCAUGUGCUUUAAUCCGAAAGCAUUAACAAAGCUAAAAUAUAGGUAACUGGAAUAUCACAUUUCUUUUGUCAGGGGUCAUUUUUAUGUACUUAUGAGAAAUUUUAUAAUAAGCCAUGGCUGACUUGAAUUUUGGCAAUAGUAGCAAUUUAUUACAUCUGAACUUACUAACACAAACUACUUCUGAAGUUUCUGCACUUUGAAGCAUUCAUCCCCUGAUCUCCAUUAUUUGAGAAAACUUAACAGUUUGGGGCAAGAUCCGAAGAGCCUUCUUUGGAUGGUGAAGAGGACUUUAGCCUUCCAUUUCUUCUUGUGCUGCAUGGUGAACUGUAUUUCAGGUUCAAGGGUUCUAAAAAGAAAUUGAAAUAUGGCAUGAUGGGAGAAGACACAUCUAUUAAAGGAAAGAAAAAGGUCAUCAAUCUCUGAGCAUACCCAGUCCUUGAGAUGUAUCUAAAUUAGUUCUUUAUAUCCUGCCCCUUUUGUA